GCCUUUGAGCAAAUGCAAGGAUUGCUGCAAGCCAUAAAGGAUUACUGGAGAAAGGAAACUUCGCUACUUUACAAGUGGACAAUAUGUCUGGACUAUUGGAGGACUACCCAUAUAAACCUUAAGCCCUCUCUGUGCCAUGGAUCCCACCAUGUGCCAAGAACUCCUGACAUUCCUGACCCCAGAAACCCGCGCUGAUCUGAAGAGUCAAGCUCUGGAGUACAUCUUGGGGCUGAGCGGAACACGUGAGGGGAGACAGACCCUGUGCACUGCGGGAUCAGCCCUGCUCCCUGUUCUAUUGGACCUUACCUUGGACGCCUCGCCAGCAGUGAUCCAAGAUGCCUACCAUGUUAUGGUGAACUUGACCUCAGACUCAGUCAUUCACCGAGCUCUGCUGCAGAACAUUCCCACUCUUCUCCCCACCCUGCUGGAACGUCUUAGAGACCCAGCGUGUGUCUAUGCCGACUUUGCGUGUACUGCUUUGUGUAAUCUUAGCCGUGAGGAGGACACAUGUCGCUCUGUCCUGGGAGCCCUUCAUGUAGAAGGAAUGGACCAUCUCCUGCACAUGGUCUCCAACCCAAAGUACAAUCCUACUGCCAGGCUGGAAUACCUCAGCCCACUAAUCUGUAACCUGACACAGCUCCCCGAAGGCAGAGACUUCAUACUGGACCGGACAAGGUGCAUUGUCCAGCGUCUCCUUCCAUAUACUCACUCAGUCAGUUCCACAGUGCGUAGAGGAGGAGUAGUGGGUACACUCCGAAACUGCUGCUUCAACCACAGAGAUCACUCUUGGCUUCUUGGAGAAGAUGUGGAUUUGCUUCCGUUCUUGUUGUUGCCGUUGGCCGGAGGAGAAGAAUAUUCUGAGGAGGAAAUGGAGACCCUUCCUCUGGAUCUCCAGUAUCUCCCGGAGGACAAGCAGAGAGAGUCUGACCCAGAUAUCAGGAAGAUGCUGAUUGAGAGCAUACAAUUGCUCUGUGCCACCCCUGAGGGACGUCGCAUUGUGAAGCAGAGAGGAAGUUACCUGAUAAUGAGAUCGCUGCACUCCUGGGAGACAGAGACAGACGUAAAAAGAGCCUGUGAGAAGCUAGUACAGGUCCUGAUAAGUGAUGAACCUGCUCCGGGCUUAGAAAAUCUCUUAGAAGUCAAUAUUCCAGCUGAGGUAGAGGAGAAGCUGAAGCUCCUGGAUGAGGAAGACGAGAAAGCACAGGAGCACACAAAAGGGACUUCCAAAGAAAAUAAAGUGACCAUUUAAAUCACCA